CACACAGAACGACUACCGUUUUCUAACAGAAUGUGCCAUCUUGUCCAGCCAGAGAGCAAAAAUGGUGAAUUGUUGUGGUCUCGUGACAAUCAAGAAGGAGCCAGUUCCUCUGAAGAGUAUUGUGGUUGAGGUGCAUGUACUUGGGCAUGUAGCCACAGUGAAGUCCACUCUGCAGUAUGUGAAUAAAGAGGAGCAGCCCCUGGAGGCUCUGUUUGUGUUCCCUCUGCCUGGAGAAGCUGCUGUCUGUCACUUCAGUGCCAAGAUUGGAGACAAAGAGGUGGUGGCUGAAGUGCAGGAGAAACAGAAGGCGCGGGAACAGUAUGAUGAUGCUUUGAGUUCAGGUCAGCAGGCCUUCCUGUUGGAGGAGAGUGAUGAGAGUCCAGAUGUGUUCAGGCUGAGUGUGGGCAGCCUGCCCCCGGGAGAGAGUGCCGCCAUCACCAUCAUCUACGUCAUGGAGCUCACUGUGCAGGCCGACCAUGCCCUACGCUUCUGUCUGCCUGCUGUGCUUAACCCUCGAUACACACCAGCUGGUACACAAGGUUCAGACACUGGGAUUGUGUCUCAGGUGAUGUCUGUACCAACAGGAAUGAUCCCCUACAGUUUAUCUCUCAGUGUUCAUGUGUCUUCACCAAACCCCAUCUCUAAAGUUGAGUCCAGCUGUUCACUGGAGCCACUGGUCUACCAUGAUGUAUCACAGACAAAGGCUACGGUCAGUCUGUCUCCAGGUCACAAGUUUGACAGGGAUGUUGAGCUGCUGCUGUAUUACCAGAGCGCCCAUCAGCCCACUGCCAUAGUGGAGGCAGGACUGGCCAGUGGAAAACCUGGCACUCUGAUGGGAGACCCUGUGAUCAUGCUCAGCUUGUACCCAGAGUUCCCUGCAGAAGUGAUGUCAUCACAAGCCUCAUGUGGGGAGUUUGUGUUUUUGGUCGAUCAGUCUGGCAGUAUGGGUUGUCCGAUGCACAGUGAAGAGGGUGCACAGAUGCGAAUUGAGAGCGCCAGGGACACACUGCUCCUGUUGCUAAAGAGCCUUCCUCUGGGCUGUUACUUUAACAUCUAUGGCUUUGGCUCCAGCUUCAAAUCUUUCUUUCCUAAGAGUGUGCAGUACAGCCAGAAGACGAUGGAGGAGGCACUGAAGAAAGUGGAUGAGAUGUCAGCAGACAUGGGUGGUACAGAGAUCCUGCAGCCAUUAAAGCACAUCUACAGCCAAUCAUGUGUCCCAGGCCACCCCAGACAGCUGUUUGUUUUCACUGAUGGAGAAGUGGGGAACACCAAAGAUGUCCUGGAUCUGGUGAAGAGCAACACUCACUCACACAGGUGCUUCUCCUUUGGCAUUGGGGAGGGUGCCAGUACUGCACUGGUCAAUGGAAUGGCCAAGGAGGGCCGUGGCCAUGCCCAGUUCAUCACGGGCACAGACCGACUACAGCCCAAAGUGAUGCAGUCUCUUCGCUUUGCCCUGCAACCAGCUUUAGUUGACAUCUCUGUGAAAUGGAAAGUUCCAGAUGGUAUAUCUGUCACCACUCUGUCUCCCCCACUCAACGUGCUCUUCCAGGGUCAAAGAGCUCUGCUCUAUGCUCAGUUAACAGGAGUGAGUUCUGGACAUGGUGAGGGAUCUGUAACAGUGGAGUACAGCUUGGCAGAUAAGCCCAUCAUAAAUCAGCUCAACUUCUGUCUGAAACCUGAGGAUUUAGAACUGGCCCUUCAUCGGCUUGGGGCUCGGGCCCUGAUCCGUUCUCUGGAGAUGGAGGAGAGGGCUGUGGGUGGAGAGAAGGAGGAGCUGAAAAGGAGAGUGGUGGAGCUCAGUCUUCAGGCAGGAGUCAGUAGUGCAUUCACUGCCUUCAUCGCCACAUACAAGGGCAGUGGACAGCCUGUGCAAGGACCUCUGGUGCAAAGAAUUGUGCCCGCCCCAAUGUUUCAGAGUAUGAUGCUGGGCUGUACGUUGGCUGCACCAUUGAAGAAACGUUCCUCAAAAUUUGGUGCUGUUUUCUCAGGAUUCAAGUUAAAGAGAGAAACCAGACAAAAGUUCAACAACAGCGUAUUGGCUGCACCGACUGCGAUCUCAGUUCGACGAAGAGAAGCAGACGAAGCCCCUCAGCCCCAGAAGGACCCUCUCCUUCAGCUAAUUUCUCUCCAAAAGGCCUCAGGCUCCUGGGAGUUGGAGUCUGCGCUGGCCGAGGUGUUUGGAAAGACUGAAGGAGAAGUGGCCAAACAGAUGCCUGCACAGGUGGACAGGGCAUUGUGGGCCACAGUCCUGGCUCUGAUCUGGCUUUAUGGGUUCAGGCUGGAUGCUCAUGAGGAGUGGCAGUUUUUGGCCAUGAAGGCUGUGUCAUGGAUCCAAGGGCAGAAAGGAGCCACUGUGUCUGAGUGUGUUAAGGCUGGAAAUGCUCUGCUGGGGUGUCAGGUAGAGGUGGAGACUCUGGGGCUUUGAAAGAGCCUCCCACAGUCAGAUCAAUUCCCUGAACACUGGACCUCACUCAGUCCUCUGAAUGGAUGCUGUCUCUGUUCUGGACAAGUUAAGGCAGUCUGUGUCCCUUCUCGGAUCUGCUGUGAAAUUUUGAGAUGCUGUUUCAUCAACUGAUCUUUAAAGGACAUGUUCAUGUUCUGUGUAAUAACCUUGUAAUUUAUUAUAAAUAUGAUUCCUCUGAUACGUCAUUUCAGUCGACCAAUUCAGUAUCUUCUCAGCCAAUUAGAAAUAUCUUUACAUCCUGUUUUAAAGAACAGUGUUGAAGAUACUGCUUCAUUGCUUUGUUUGCUCUGUUUGUUUUUUAUUUGUGUUUCCAUAGCAAACAGUUUAAAAAUUUGAGUUAAAGGUUGUCAUUGAAAAAUACAAAAACUGAAAAAUCCCAAAAGUGGGGAACUUCCCCUUAAAAUGCUUA